GGUUUCAAAAAUACGAUUGUUACCUUUUAUUACCAGGAUUAGGCCCUCGAUAUCGAUUUUGGAUAUUUACCGUCAAAUUCGUUCCGGCUUUUCCUUUGAAACGGACUAAAAAACAAAAAAUGUUUAGGCCAAAUUCCCCCCGAGAGAGACAGCUGAGUGUCGUUUUACUUUUUUAAACAAAAAAAAAUAUAUAUAAAAAUUCAGCCAAAGGUUUUUCUUUUUUUUUCUUUUUUUUGUUUUUCCCCCCAAUCUAUCGAGUCCUCCCAAGAGCGGCAAAAUUUGAACGAGAAUGAUCACACCGACGUCGUUUUGACGGGCCGACCCGAGGAAUUUGGAAAAAGGACAACCCCUUCCUAAAGGAAAACACCCUCAACUUCAACAGAUUCGAAUAGAAAAAAACCAAAAAAAAAUUACAAUUUCCGUCGCCCAGGUGACGAUGAGAGGGCUCUCGACGUAGCCGGCGGUGGCAGCUGGCAAACCGGAGGCAGUGAUGUAGAAGAGGUGAUAUGAACCGCUACGUUCAGCUCCAUCAGCUCGGAGAUGGCACCUACGGAUCAGUCGUACUCGCCCACAGGGUGGACACCGGGGAGAAAGUCGCUAUCAAAAGGAUGAAAAGAAAAUACUACUCAUGGGAUGAAGCUAUGAACCUGAGGGAAGUGAAGUCCCUCAAGAAACUGAACCACGCAAACGUAGUCAAACUGAGGGAGGUGAUACGUGAGAACGACACGCUGUACUUCGUGUUCGAGUACAUGAAGGAAAACCUUUACCAGCUGAUGAAGGACAGGGAGAAACUGUUCCCCGAGUCCGUGGUCCGUAACAUCCUGUACCAGGUGCUCCAAGGGCUCGCCUUCAUGCACCGGCACGGCUUCUUCCACAGGGACAUGAAGCCCGAGAACCUCCUCUGUUGCGGUCCCGAACUGGUCAAAAUCGCCGACUUCGGCCUGGCACGCGAAGUCCGCUCCAGGCCCCCUUACACAGACUACGUCUCAACGAGGUGGUAUCGAGCUCCUGAGGUUCUCCUCCAUUCAACGACUUACUCGUGUCCAAUCGACAUCUGGGCAGUUGGCUGUAUAAUGGCAGAGCUCUACACUUUCAGACCCUUGUUUCCGGGGAACAGCGAAAUCGAUCAGAUAUUUAAAAUCUGCUCCGUUCUCGGAACACCUGAUAAGAGAGAGUGGUACGAGGGCCAUCAAUUGGCGGCGAACAUGAACUUCAAAUUUCCCCAGUUUAGGAAAACAGAUCUGUCAACGUUGAUACCGAACGCAUCGACAGAGGGGAUCACCCUCCUUGAGGCGAUGCUUCACUGGAACCCAUCGAAAAGACCAACAGCACAACACUCGCUCAGGCAGCCGUAUUUCCAAGUCGGCCAGAGGUUGAGCGGUGUUGUCGAAGACAGGCUGUCUAUGAGGGCCAAUUUCCACAACAGUAACAUCAACUCUUCGGCCAGGCCAAUGGCUUACGUCCCACCACAAGCGAACGUUGUCAUUGAGAGAGAUUUCUCUGAGCUGCUAGGGCCAAAGGUAUCCAAUGAGCAGAAAGAGAAUCAUGGUUGGUACGAGGAUAAUCAAAAGAAGAGAGUCAGCGCCAAACAGCACUACCUCGCCACUUCGAGAUACAUCGUCGGACAAUCUACUAAUUUAUCAAACAGUGAGCAGAAUCAAAAAAUGCCCCUGUCGACAAGGCAAGAUUACUACCCGAGUACGAAGCUCUACGCGUCUGCAAGCAGCCUGAAUUUAUCAGGCCGUGCAACUAGGAUCCACGGGAGGACCGACUGGGCAGCCAAGUACCUAAAAUGAAGCUCAACAUUAGAAAAAACAAAAAUCAAGAAAAAACCAACCGACUGUAUAUAUUUAGUUGUACUUUUGUAAACGAAAGUUGCAACCGCAAAGGGUGGAACCGUCAGCCGAAGUGUACGACGACCUUUACCUGGCUGACGAGGCAUGAUCUACCGACGAAGGUUACGUUUUCCAUUCUUCAUUACCCCCACCACCCCAUCGCCGUACCCCCUAUAAUUUUGUUUAGCGAAUUCCUUCAACGGGAAAAUCCUCUGUGAUAAAAAACAUUUCAACACACAAA